CGGGGGACGGACUCCGCGCGGGCUGCGACGCGGAUGCUGCUAGGGGGGCCGCACUGGUUACGGCGUGCCGCGGCCCGGGAUGAAGCCGCCCAUUUCAAUACAAGCAAGUGAGUUUGAUUCUUCAGACGAAGAGCCUAGUGAAGAUGAACAGACUCCAAUUCAAAUUUCAUGGCUACCUCUGUCACGAGUGAAUUGUUCUCAGUUUCUUGGCUUAUGUGCUCUUCCAGGUUGUAAAUUUAAAGAUGUUAGAAGAAAUAUUCAAAAAGAUACAGAGGAACUAAAGAGCUACGGGAUCCAAGAUGUAUUUGUUUUCUGCACCAGAGGGGAGCUGUCAAAAUAUAGAGUCCCAAACCUUCUGGACCUGUACCAACAGUCUGGAAUUGUCACCCAUCACCACCCAAUCCCAGAUGGAGGGACUCCUGACAUAGGCAGCUGCUGGGAAAUCAUGGAGGAGCUGGCCACCUGCCUUAAGAGCAACCGGAAAACCCUGAUACACUGUUACGGAGGACUUGGAAGAUCUUGUCUUGCUGCUUGCCUCCUCCUAUACUUGUCCGACUCAGUAUCACCACAGCAAGCCAUAGACAGCCUUCGAGAUCUCAGGGGGUCUGGGGCGAUACAGACCAUCAAGCAAUAUAAUUAUCUUCAUGAGUUCCGGGACAAAUUAGCUGCAUAUCUAUCAUCAAGAGAUUCACUAUCAAGAUCUGUGUCAAGAUAAUGAAAAUUUUGGAUAUAUGACUACGUGUGAAGUUUCCAAGUUCUCCAGCAUAAUUUGUAUUGAAACCAAACUACUAGUGCUACCAUCCUGAAUAUAAAUGUUAUGUGCGGAUA